CAGCAGCCAGGAGCGCAGGGUGUCGGUGAAGGGACAGGUGUCCGGCCCCAGCACUACAGUCACCACUACUACUGAGCUGCCCGGGUGCGUGGCCGGGGGGGCAUGCAUGAGUGCUAGGAGACCACCGUCUCCGCGUUCGAUCCGCGUCCGCAGCGGUCGCAGCAGCUGUGCGGUGGUGGCCACCGCCGAACCGCAGCACGACGACGACGACGCACUGAUGACUAUCAACGAGAACCGUAAUGUGGGGAGCGCGGGCAACGAUGGAGCGGCCACCGAUGGAGCACCGUUAUCGGGUGCGUCAUCCACGGCCUCCUCCGUCAGCUCGUCGGAGUCGGGAACGUUCGACCAGCCGGGUCUGGCAGCGGGCGGGGCAGCCGGCUCUCCGAGUCACUCGAUGGACGCGAUGGACAGCCCAGCGUCGCUGGCGGCGCUCGAGCAGGUCAACAACAAUGCGGCAUUCGGGCUGCUGCAGCCACCGCCACCGUACGACGAGCGGCCCCUGGUGAAUGGAUGCGAGGACAAGUGGAGCUGGAACAAGCGGGACCGCUCGAAGGAGGUGUGGCUGAGCGGGCCCAACAACCGGAAGGUGCACUUUCACCCGAACUGGAGCAAGGGCACGGCUGGGAUCCGCGGGACGCGCGUCCUCAACAAUGGCCGCUACUACUGGGAGAUCAGCGUCUCGCAGCGGGUCUUCGGGACGAGCAUGAUGUUCGGCAUUGGCACGAAGAAGGCCCGGCUACACGUCAACAUGUUCACCAACCUGCUCGGGGAGGACCGAAACGGUUGGGGUCUCUCGCACAAGGGUCUCCUGUGGCACGGCGGUAUGGCUCGGAACUACACGAAGCGCUUCAAGGAGAACCAGGCGACCAAGGUUGGCAUCCUGUUCGACGGGAUUGCCGGCACGCUGACGUACUACAAGGACGACGUUUGUCUGGGUGUGGCGUUCCGUGGUCUCAACGAGAUCCGUGAACCACUGUACCCGAUCGUCUGCUCGACGGCGGCCAAGACGGAAAUGAUCCUCACCGAGACGCGGCGCGAUUUCGUGAACCUUCAGGACCGCUGCCGAGCGGUCAUCAUCAAGCACAUUAACACGCAGGAGAAGCUCGACCGGCUCGCCCUGCCGUACUGCAUCAAGAACUAUCUGGCCGAGGCGAUCACGGACAGCAGCACGCCGUUGCGACCGCUGGAGCUGCACAUGUCGGAACAGUACCUGUUGUACUGAGAGACGACCCAACAACACAAC